UGUUUUUACUGUGAUAGAAAGAAGUUGCUCUUUGGUGGGUCAAUAAUGUGAAAAGAUGUAGCACCUUUCCUAAGAUUAAGCUGUAGAUGCUGUCUCCUACAACUUUUUGGUAAUUGAUUACUGCCAACAUUGCAGUGAAAUGAGUCAUGGGGUUCUGACAUUUGACAGAUCAAGAAAAUGAGUGAGAUUUAAACAUUGAACCAAAAAUUGUGCAUAUAUAUAUUAGGCUGCUAGUAGCACAAGCUUUACUUCACAAGUAUGGUAGUCAUGGAAGAAUUCAAGCACUUUGUGAUUGUUAAGUUCAAAGAAGGUGUUGAAGUUGAAGACCUCACAAAAGGGAUGGAGAAAUUGGUCUCUGAGAUUGAUGUUGUCAAGUCCUUUGAAUGGGGACAGGAUAUUGAAAGCCUAGAUGUGUUGAGACAAGGUUUCACUCAUGCAUUCUUGAUGACAUUCAACAAAAAAGAAGACUUUGCAGAAUUUCAAAGCCACCCAAAUCAUGUUGAGUUCUCUGAAAAGUUUUCAGCAGCUAUUGAAAAGAUUGUUCUGCUUGAUUUCCCAUCGACUCUUGUCAAGAAACCAGCAUAAUCUUGAAGCAUGAACAAGAUAUUCAAGUAAUAAUAAAGAUUUCAUCUUUAAAAUUUGGAAUCUGUUUAAGUGUGUGAGAAUUUGGUUGUUUGUGUCCUGUGUUUGUAGUAGUUCAGUUGUAUGGUUGUUACUAUUUGCAAUUUGAAUUUGAACUGUGACUUUUGAAUGGUAAAGAUAAACACUUUUUGCCUUCUAAUAAUUCAUGGAUGGUUUUUUUUA